CUCUGGGCGGUGCAGUUUCGGGCCUGGGCCCGGUCCCGUGGGCGGAGCCCACCGUGCGCACUCGCGGACCCCCCAGGAUGCGCGCUGCGCCCCGGAAGCUCAGGACCUUCAAGCUGCGGGCCCUGCUCGGGACCCAGAAGUUCGGGGUGGCGGGCCGGAGCCCCGCGGAGGUGCUGCGGAAGGGCUGCCGCCUGCUGCAGCUCCCCGAGCGCGGCGCCCGCCUGUGCCGCAGCGAGGACGGCGCGGAGCUGACCCCCGACGGCUUCCGGGCCGCGCCCGCCCACGCGGAGCUGCUGCUGCUCGCCGAGGGCCAGACCUGGCAGGGCUGUGAGUGGCCCGGGGCCUGGCGGGGACCCGGCGCCCGCCGACGGCCUCUCCGCCCCGCAGACGCGAGCGACAUCCGCCGCCUGCUCGGCGCCUUCCACCGGCCGCACGCGGGGCUGGUCCGGGCCGCGCGGCAGCUGCUGGCGGACGAGCGCGCCCCGCUGCGGCGCAAGCUCCUGGCCGACCUGCUGCUGAGCGCCAGCGGGAACAUCGCCGCCGAGACCCGCGCCCAGGACCCCGCCUGGUUUGAAGGCUUGGAGGCCCGUUUCAGGAGCAAGUGCAGCUACCUGAGGUACAGCUGCGAGAGCCGCAUCCGCAGCUACCUGAGGGAGGUGAGCGCGCACGCCUCCGUGGAGGGGGUGCGGGCGCGGGAGGCCUACCAGCGGGUCGUGGACGCCAUGGCCCAGAAACUGCGGGCCGCGCAGUACAACGGCAGCUACUUCGACAGGAGCGCGGAGGCGGGCGGCCGGCUCUGCACGCCCGAGGGCUGGUUCUCCUGCCAGGGCCCCUUUGACGCGGACGGCUGCGCGUCCAGACACUCCAUCAACCCCUACGGCAACCGCGAGAGCCGCGUCCUCUUCAGCACCUGGAACCUGGACCACGUAAUAGAAAAGAAGCGGACGGUCGUGCCUGCCCUGGCCGCGGCCGUCAGGGACCAGAACGGGAGGGAGGUCGACUGGGAGUAUUUCUACGGCCUGCUUUUCACCUGCGAGAACCUGAAGCUGGUCCACAUCGCCUGCCACAAGAAGACCACCCAUGGCCUCAGCUGCGACCCCGCCAGGGUCUACAGGCCCCAGGGGGCGCGCAGGAGGAAGCGGCCGGCUCCCCAGCACCGCUGACCGCGUGGCGGGGGCCGGCAGGGGCCGCUUCAGGGUCCCACCGCCGGUAGUUUCCAAAAAAAACUUACGUCUUUCUGCAAAGGUGACGUAGGGCAUUUCUGAACCUGCUUUUAUGCUGCAGGGGCCCGUGUCCCGGGGAGCGGGGUGCCCCUCCGAGCAGGGGCCGCUCACCACCCGCAGCAGCUCUCUGCACCCGCUGCGCUGGGCAGAGCCGAGUGUCCCGAAUCUGCCCUGGGAUGGGGGGGGCCUCCGCCCACCUCUGCAGGCUCCUGAAUGCUCAGCUGUGCUGUGACCCUCAGGGGUUGCUUUGUACCCCAGAACGCACGGGACAGCGGCGGAGGGGCAGGCCCACCGGGGGCUGUUUGGAAUCAUGUGUUGAUAAUACUUGAAGUUUCUGAAAAAGGGGCAUAUUUUAUACUUUCUAAAAAUUCACUUUGAGGAGCCCUCACACCCC